CGUCGUUGACUCGCGUUAUUUACAAGUGCACACUGAAUACAGCGCGUUAUAUUCUUUCCAGAGGGGAAACGGAGUGUAUUUUUAUUCGUCAUAAAAAUCAUUCGAUUCUUCGUUCAAGAGUUUUUUUUCGUAAUCAUUCAAUUUUGAACCAAAGAUUAAACUUUGUUAAUUGUCGUACAUAGUUUACAAUGGCCUGUGAAAUCGAGUCGUUUUUACUCUUCCUCUCAGUGUCGUCUUCCAGCUUUCAUUACGAUUGUCCAUACGAUGUUCCGAAAAACAAAUUACGGAUAAUUAGCAUCGAAACAAUGUGAAUUGUAAAAACAAUCCUUUUUUGGCCAAACAAGGCCAUUUUCUCACUAAUCAUGAGGGUAAUUUUCCUAUUGAUUUCUGCACUGACAUCUGUUUUGGCAAUUGAUGAGAGUCGGGCAUGUCCUAUUCCUUGUUCUUGCAAACACGUCGGGCCUCAAGCCGAGCGCUUGAAAAUAACUUGCAAAGACGUUCAUGAUAUCAAGGAUAUAAAUAUCAAUGAAAUCGGCAUUGAUUUGUAUCAUCUGGAUUUGAGUAAAAAUAAUCUGUACGUUGUGGAGUCUGGAGUAUUCAGGAAUCUCACUAAUCUGAAACGAUUGGAUUUAUCAGUGAAUAAAAUCACUGCCCUUGGAGAAGGAUGCUUGAACGGAUUGGAAAGUUUGGAAAGACUAGAUUUGAGUAAAAAUCAAAUUUCGGUGAUCGAUGCUCACGUAUUUAGACCACUGCAAAAUCUGAAAAAGCUCGAUUUGUCAAACAACAAAAUAAGUGCACUGGAGACCACCUUAUUUCAUGAUUUGCUGGCCUUAGAACGUUUGAAAUUGAAUGGAAAUGCACUCAAAACGAUGGCUGAAGGUACUUUUUAUGGACUCCGAGCGCUCAGACAACUAGAUUUGUCCAAUAAUCCGUGGGCUUGCGAUUGUUAUCUUUUCUGGUUUGGCACUUGGAGAAACAAUUCUGUUGUGAAAUUAUUACCACCGCCGACUUGUGAUUCGCCACUUGAACUUCGAGGCCAGCCGAUCGUUGAUAUUCGAUUAUCGGAGCAUUUGCAGUGUCAAUGGGCUUCACCAGUUAUAGAAAUUCGACCAGGUCAAAGUCAAGUAGUUUUUGCUGGGGAUUCGAUAACACUAAAAUGUAGAGCACCGAGUAUUACCGAGGAUCGAAAUGCCAAGCUGAAUUGGCUGUGGAAUCCAAAUAUAACUACAGAAGCCGUCGAUACGAACGUUUACGUCGAUCCUCAGAAUACAUUGUCGAACGUUAAAGUAGAAAACAGAUAUUUGUCUGACAGUGGAAUCGUAGCAAGUUCACUCAGCAUCGUGCCUGUACAGGAAGAACAUCACGGUCAAUGGAAUUGCUUUCUGGUUUCGAUUUAUGGCAACAGAUCUAAAACUAUCAAUAUGAUAGUAAUAUCAGAUAAAACGCAAUAUUGUCCAUUAGCAGUUACGAGAAAUAACAAAGGAAUGUAUGCAUGGCCAAGAACAGUGGUUGGUUGGAAAGUGGAAUUGCCGUGCGAAGGUAUCGGGCUUUCGACUCUGAUGCAAAUUCCGUUACGAGCUUCGUAUCGUUGUAACAGAACAGGUCACUGGGAGGAAUUGAAUACAGACGCUUGUCCAUACAUAUCGCCAAUGACGAAGGCCCUAGAGCAAUAUUCGAAGGUGAAUUUGUCAUUGACAAAGGGAAAUUUGCUCGAGACCGCUCGUCGAUUCAAGAAUCAUACCGGAGAAGCGUCAAAAAUCACAGAUCCGGUUGAGAUUCAUUUCGUGACGAAAACGAUUGAGAAUUAUUUGGCAUUUUUGAUCGACGAGAAAGAAUUGGGUACGAUGCUCGUUGACAUUGUAAGUGCUUUGAUGAAUUUGCCUAAAGACAUGCUCAAAUCGGCACAAAAGAAGUAUAACGCUUGUGCUAGACUCGUUAAAGCUAUUGAAGUUGUCACGGAAUUUACGUCGUCGAUACAAGUGCUGCACAAGAACAAUAUGGCGCUAGAGGAAUUUCGCUUCAAACGCGACGAGUUCGUAGGUCUUACUUGCACUUGGUACAAUGAUUAUAGUUCGAUUACUACCAAGGCAACGAGGUCGUUGCAAUGUACGACGAACAACAAAUCCGCUGUUUUGAGCACUAAAGACAAAACGAUAGAGGCAUCGAUUCAAUUGCCCGCUUCAUUGCUGGCUCAUCCCAACGCUUCGAUGGUCGGUCACCAACUCAUGAUUUCCAUGUACAGCGACAAUAGCUUGUUCCCGAAAGUUUACGGUAAUCGGAGAAUCGACGUAACCUCCUGCGUUGUUGGUAGCAAAUUGAUUGGACAAUCUUUGGUAAAUCUUUCGGAACCGGUUUACGUAAUGCUGAAAGCUCCUCGCUAUUAUUACGUCGGCAGUAGAUCUCGGCCCGUGGUGUGGGACGAAAAAUUCAACGAAACCGGUGGUUGGACCAGCGAUGGUUGUCACCUUUCCGACGUUCUCAAUGAUCUCGUCGUUUUUCGAUGCUACAGGCUCGGCUAUUACGGCCUGUUGGAAGAUACUUCGUAUCUCGAUGAUGAUUCCAUGAAUCUCGCCGGCGCAAAGUUCCGUUACUCAAAUCCGGCAAUUUACAUCGGAAGUUUUUUGGCAAUUGUGUGUUUGACGUUUACAGCUGUAACUUACAUAGUUUGUUACGCGUCGAUAGUGAUGCCGAAAAAAGCAAAGCACUCCGUCGUCAAUACUUGGGUGGCUUUGGCACUUUUGUGCUUCCUUUACACAGCUGGAAUCCAACAAACUGAUAGCAUCGAGAUUUGUCAGGGAGUUGGACUCGUUUUGCACUAUUUAUCGCUGUGCUGUCUUCUGUGGAUGACCGUAUCCGCGAGCAACAUGUAUAAGCGGCUUUCAAAAUCGGAUGUGACAGCGGUACCAGACGACGAGAUACCGGAUGAACCGAUACAAAAGCCAUUGCUCGGUCUUUACCUAGUAGGUUGGGGAAUAGCUCUGAUAGUGUGUGGAAUAUCAGGAGCAAUAAAUCUUCGAGAAUACGCAGGAUACUCGUACUGUUUUUUGACGUCGGGUGCAGCGCUGGCAGCACUUUUUGUACCAGCGAUUAUAUUGAUAGCGUAUUUGAUAAUAUUUUAUUUGUUGGUACGUUGUGCAAUAAGGAGCGUCGAUAUGAAUGGUCAAUUAUCGGAGGGGACUCAGGCAACAGAAAAUAUGGAUCUUGAAUUAUUGGAGCCGAAUUCGAGUAGAGCAGCGGAUCAGAACAGUGUUCACAGUACGCAAACGAUGUCAUCGGAAGUGGAGGACUUGGAGCACUCGCAAAUAACGCAACUUAAAGGACAUAUUGUAAUCUUGAUCCUUUAUCUGAUGACAUGGACGUCAGGAGCAGCGGCAACUUCGAAACCGUUCGAUCCUCACGUGCCGCACGAGGAAACAAUAUUUUCAAUUAUUUAUGCAAUAUCGUCGAGUUCCCUGGGACUCUUCGUACUUUUAUUCUACGGCAUAGCGCGCAGUGACGUGAGAUCUCAGUGGAUGAUGAUGCGCUGUUGGCUGAGGCGGCGAAAGAAUCGGUGUUGCCGCACGCGAAGUGUUUCUGACGCGAAUCCUUCGUUACCUGCGCAACCACUCGUCCAACAAAAUCGUCCGCCGCCCGUCUCCAAUUCACAAGCCACUCAAGUCAUCUCGGACUCUAAUUCGAUUGCUUCAUCCAGACAUACUAACAGUUCGCGCAACGCUGCGGCUUGUAACACCCUCAAAGUCAGUGAACUCGGAGGAGUGACCAACUCCAUUGGCGACGCUUCCAUCGGCGCUGCUAAAGUGGCCAACGUCAAUCUUGUCGUUCUGCAUCGUCAACAGUAUCGAUCGAACAAUUCUGUCACGACUUACACCGAGCCGGCUCCCUCCUGCGUCGAAAUGUUUUACAAUCCUCAUCAAAGCGGUGUUGCCCGAAAAUUUUUCAAGAAGCAACGACGCCACACCAAGAGUAACAAUCUUGGACCGAGGAAACAGGGCGACGGCGGGGUUACCAGCGACGGUGGCAGUUGUAUAUCCAUUCCUCGCCGUCAAGGCAUUACGAUCGAACCUUCGAUACAGCGCAAUAUUUUCGGCAGUGGCGCCAAAGUCAACAAUACGAAUAUUCACGUUGAACUCAAUCCGAUAAAUGACGGCAAGAAUAUUAACAUUCUUUCGGACAGUGGUGGCAGCGUUUCCGAAGACCGUACGGUACCGAUGCGUUACGUAAUCGGUCACGAAAAUCUCGCAAAGAGCACUAAAAAAAUGAAUAACGAGCGCAAUUCUCGACAGGAUUAUUCGGAGUCUCACGCCAUGUUGUCCUCUCCGUCGCGUCAUGAUUCACGCAGAAAACCAGAACAACAACCCCUCACCAGCGCCAGUCCCAACGAAUCCGAUCAAGAUUCUCGCACAUAUGAGGAAAAAAUACUCCGCAACGUUUCUCAACAAUGCAGUCUCGAGUACAGCUCCGGUCUCGAGUCAACCACUCAGAUGACCAGUGAACGGAGCGAUCACGAUUUACCUGAAAUUGGUGAAACACCCGAAACACCGGAGAAAAUAAUGUCCGACGAUUUACGCGUUUCCAGCCUCGAGGACGUUGUUCAAGAUAACGAGGAGGAAUCGAGUCCGCGAAUGUCGAUCGUCAGGCCGGACGGAUCCGGCGAUUUUUUCAAUCAACCGGCGGACCGUUACGACGAUCGCUCGGAUACUUUGAAAAAUUCUUACUGUAAUUCUAUGAACGACGUCGAAGACCCCUCGAUAAGCAGGGAAAGUUGUUAUCUGACGACUCGCGGAUCCUACGAGGAUUUCCGACACAGCGACGAUCCUCGAAAGCACGAAUCACGCGGUUUCCACCAUCGUGGCUCUUGCAAGUCCCUCGACAGCUCGAGACGAUCGCUCAACGAAUCGACCAGCUUUAUUUCCGAGAACCGUCCGCCACUUCCAGACUCGAUCGAAUGCCCCGGCUCACCCGACAACGAAUUCCAAUUACUCGGCGAAUUACAAUCGCCCACGGAAUCGAGGAAUUACGGAACUCCUGACAUCAGCAACGAAUCGAUCGACCAAGACCCCCGAGACUCUUUCCUCGCCAAGGAUUUUAAUUCCACGAACGACUUGACCUCCAUCGACGAAUCCCUCGGCCCUACGAGAAAUCUCGAUUUAAAUUCGAGCAUCGAAUACGAAGAUUCACCCGAAUUUAGAUUUUCCCAACGCUUCGACCAAACUGAAAACGAGGAUGGAGAAAUUGACAUCGACGCUGAUGCCGUUUAUACCGACGGCGAAUCUUCCGUUCAGUCGACAACAGUGAAAAAAGAAACGAGCGUAUGAAAGUUCGUUAUUCCCAUCGGGGAUUUUUAGAAAUAUUAAACAAAAGUAUACAUUUACGAACAAAAUAUUCGCUCUUUCGUAAAUGGUGAAUAUUAAAUUCCUCUGUCACGAGGAUUAAUUGUGUGCGAAAAUAUACGAGGCAAUGUUGAAUGUCAUGCGAAACCAAUUGUAUUACAAAUCCUUUCGUGUAUAAAUAAUUUAACGAUUGAAUAUUUUUUAAAUGCAUAUUUCAUGUUAAUGCAUGAAAGAUAUUUCCGUAAGAACGGUACUUUCUUGGAAAAAUUGAAGAAAUGCAUACGCCACGAAAAAUCUGUAUUUUCGCACAUUAAUUGUUUCCGAAUGAGAGUCGAGAACCGAAUGUUUUUUGCGUUGAAUGUUUUCGGAUGGAGACUCUCACCAAAAGUAUCUUCCACUUUCAAAGUGCCAAGUGAUUUGAUUAAUAGAUUGUACGUGAAUGGCUUUCACGAUAAGAGCUAGAACUCAAGUUCUCGAAUCCGUAGGACAAUUAGUUCGUACGAGUUGACGAUAAUUUUUUGCAUUUUUCAUUUUAUUAUUUCACCUUCAUAUUAUUUUACAGAUCAUCGAAAAACUCGAGACUGCAAAUGUGUAACGUGUAAAUAGCGUAAUUCCAAAAUCUUCCGUAGCUCCUUGAAAAAAUGUACUUUUAGAAUACGUAACUUACGACUGGACUCAUCGCGGAGUCAAUGUUCAACAUACUCGCUCUUUAGGUUCCUGAGAUUCUCGUGAUCGAUGUGUAAUUAUAAUCCACUAUUUCAUCCAAAACUCUCGCUGUCCACAACAUUCGUCAAACGAUGUAGCAAAGAUAUAAAGGAAGAAAAAAAUUUUAGUUUCCAUAAGAAAAAAGUAUUAAAAAACUAACUGAAAUGUCGAGUUGUCGAUUGAAAAAUGCCAAAUUAUAUUCCGAAGUUUUUCCAGUUGAAUUUACCUGUGAGAAAUCUUUUGCAAAAAGGAAUGAUGGCAAAAUCGUGCAAUUUUAAUUUCAUCUUUUAUAUUUAAUGAAAAAUCAUUUUUAUUAUCGACGACUCUACAUUUCAAAGUGGAUUUUUCUAUGGCGUUCAAAACUGCGUAAUGUAGAAAUUGUGGCAUAUUUUAGAUGUCUAUCGUUGCGUGUUUCGCUUAGAUCGUCGAAAGAAUGUUGUUCGAACGAAAUAUCCUUGUUCUUCUCUUCCGCGCUUGCAGAAUUAGACAUUUUUUUCGAUCAAUGCGCCUUUGUCAUGUAAAUGUGCUUUUACAAGCAGCAAACGAGCUCUCUUUUCCGGAUUCCAUCCUCGAUAAAGAUAAAACGCCCAAUAGACAUAAUUUUCGUUUGAAGACUGAAUGUACUUGUAAAAUUGUCUGCCAGUAUAUACUCCGAUAACUUGACUGAAUUUUCAUACGUUUUUCGAAACAAGAAUCAUUUACUGUAAAAAAGGCUUUGCGACACCAUGUCGCUUUUUUAACGACGAAUUAUUUUGAUGAAUCUACAACUGUGCUUGGCUACAAGCAAAGAAAAAAAUAAUGAUCAUGUAAAUACUUUGUACUUUUCAAAUAUAUUACAAUAGUUGUGUUUCAAUUGUAACAAAAUAUACAAAAGCUAGUAUUAUAUGUGGUACACUCCAGGCCAAAUCGACCACUUUUGAACCGGACCCCUUUCGAUUUGGCGGAAACUUUCUUACAUUUUUCUGUUGUACCAAAAAAUAGUUAUGAAUUUUCCAAAAAAAUGUCGUUUUUUUUGUUUGAAGUGACACAACGCUUUCGAAAAUUGACUUAUGGGGACUUUUUUUUUUCAAAUUUUGUCUUCGAAUGUACUGUUCAGAAAAAAAUAUCAAAAGGUCAUACAAACCCAUCUUCAAUGUUUUUUACUUUUUUUUUUUUUUGAGAAUUUAGAUGAAAAACGAAAAUUUUGGGAUUAUUGCCAUUUUUUUUUCUUUUCUCCAUAAUAUAAACUCUGACAUUUUCUACAAAUUCUCUGAAAUUUUCAAAGUAGGAUCUUUUCGUUUCCUUUACUUUUUUUCAUUACUAAAAUUUUUUUUUUUUUCAAUUCAGCGUAUUUCUAAUGACACCACUUUGAAAAUCUUCUAGGAUGUACCGAGAAUGCUAAAAGUUGAAAUACAAUGAUAAUUAUAAAAAUUAAACUCUGUAAUCAUUGGAAAAAUUUCAAUUUUUUCCAAAAAAAAUCAGAAAUAAUUAAAAACAAUCUUGAAUAUUUUUGAUACUCCGAAAUUCAGUUUAUUAAAUAAUUUUACCUACAGAAUUUAUAAGUACAUAAAAGAAAAAAGCGUAGAGUGUAAAAUGGAAAAAUUGAAAUGAUUCUUCAUAAAUCAUAAAUUGUUUUCUAUUUUCUUUGGUUUCAAAUGUAGUUUAGAAAAAUACAAAAAAUAUAUUAAGGGCUGUCUUUAACUAUUUCUGAUUUUUUUGGAAAAAAUUAAAAUUUUUCCAAUGAUUCGCCAUUUUUAUUUUUAUAAUUAUCAUUGUUUUUCAACUUUUAAGGUUCUCGAUAAAUCCUAGAAGACUUUUGAAGUGGUGUCCCUAGAAAUAAGCAGAAUUGAAAAAAAAAUUUUUUUUUUAAACUUCGCAACAAUUUAAUUUUCGAAAGCGUUAUUUUUUGAAAAAUUCAUAACUGUUUUAAGGUCGGGAAAAAAAAUUUGAAAAAAUUCUGAAAAAUUUCUUUAGUGCAGUAGAAAAAGAUAAAAAAUUUCCCUCAAAUCGAAAGGAGGCGGGUUCAAAAGUGGUCGAUUUGGCCUGGAAUGCCCCAUAUAUUGUGAAGAAAUUUUCUAAAUUUUGUUGAGUCAAACUCCACCAGGUUCCGAAUCAUUAUAGUAUUUUGACCCGAUGUUUCAUUGUAAAAUUAUGAAAAUACCAAGUCUCGAUACAUAUGGAUAUGAGUACGUAAUCAAGAGUAAAUAAAUUUUAUGUCAAAACCGAA